AUGAAUACCAAAGACAAAGAGUCUAAGGAUGUUGAUGAAUUCAUCGAAGAUAUUGAUAGCGCCCAGGCUGAGCAGGGAGCUGCGACCUCAACAGAUUCCAAAGAUGUCGAAGAGUUUACAGAGAAAGAACAGAGGAAGAUCAUUCACAAGGUCGACCGUCGCCUUGUGACGGGGCUGGGGCUUCUCAUGGGCAUGUGUCUUAUGGAUAGGACGAAUCUUGGCUCAGCUUCCAUUGCUGGAAUGUCGGAAGACCUUGGUCUGGAGAGCGGCCCGAAAUAUUCCCUUGUGCUUUUGAUAUUUUUUGUACCAUAUGUGCUGGUGCAACUGCCCGUCAAUGCCAUUGCACAGAAUAUCAGUCCUAGACACUUCUCUAGUGGUGUCACGGUGUGCUGGGGUGUACUGAUGGUGGGCGCGGCCUUCGUCGACGAAUGGUGGCAUCUCAUGAUUAUUCGAGCCUUACUGGGGGCCUUUGAAUCGAGUCUGUAUGCAUCACUCCUUCCUUUGCUAUCCGCUUGGUACACCCGAUACGACGUGCAUAAGCGAUUCUCAAUCAGCUAUUUUAUAAGCUGUCUCGUAUCUGCCCUCGGACCAGUUCUGGCGUGUGGCUUCAUGCAGAUGGAUGGAUUGAGUGGGCUUGCCGGCUGGAGAUACAUCUUUCUAAUGGAGGGCGUCCUCAAUUUCGUUGCUGCCAUCAUCGGCUGGCUAUUGCUGGUUGAGUAUCCCAAGGGCUCUCACAAAUGCUGGAUGUUUUUGACAGAGAAAGAGGAGGCAUUCAUCAUCCGCCACAUCAAUGCUGACCGAGCAGAUGCCGCCGAACAGAUCCAGUUUGACCUUCGUGACUUCCUACGUCCCGCCAAAGACUGGAAAGUCUUUACCUACUAUGAUGUUUUUGUCAGUUAUUUCCCUUCUAUACCAUACUCGACCAGUUUCACUACUAACCGUCUACUCAACAGACUAUCAACCUGCGUUUCCUACUCCAUCGCAUUUUUCCUACCUAUCAUUCUAGUAUCCAAACUAAAAUUCGGUGUAACCGCCGCACAAGCACUGUCCACACCCCCAUACAUCGUAGCCGGGAUCUGGAUGCACAUCACCGCCUGGUCCGGCGACAGAUACCACAUCCGCGGCCCUCUCGUUCUUUCCAACUGUCUUCUGUCGACCAUCGGCCUGGCGCUUCUGGGCUGGGUCGCGUCCCCCGGGGUGCAAUACUUCGGGGCCAUUCUCGUCACCUCCGGUAGCAACGCAAACGUCCCCACGAACUUGGCCUGGCAGGCCAACAAUAUCCGCGGGAAAUGGAAACGCUCCUUCUGCAACGCCUUGCUCAUCAUGGGUGGUGGGGCUGGCGGGAUCGUCGGCUCUUUGGUCUUUCGUUCUCAGGAUGCGCCGACGUAUCGGCCUGGCAUUAUAGCGUCCAUUGUGGCUAGUGUUAUCACUAUGGUUAUUUCGGUCGUUUUGAUGCUAAGAAUGCGUGUGCUUAAUAGGAAGGCGGCUACUGGGACUAUCGUUCUGGAAGAGCUAGCUGGGUUUAAAUACACGCUGUGA